AUGUCUGCUGACGAACUCAAAGCUCAAGGAAACGCAGCCUUUGCUGCUAAGGACUUCCCUACCGCCAUUGACCACUUCACCAAGGCCAUUGAAGCCUCUCCCACCCCUAACCACGUGCUCUACUCCAACAGAUCCGCCUGUCACUCUUCUCUGAAGAACUUCGACGAUGCUCUCAAGGACGCCCAGUCUUGUAUUGACAUCAACCCCCAGUGGACUAAGGGCUACGGUCGAAAGGGUGCUGCCCUGCACGGAAAGGGCGAUCUGAUUGGCGCCAAGGAUGCCUACGAGGAGGGUCUCAAGCUGGACCCCUCCAACGCCCAGAACAAGGCUGGUCUGGAGUCUGUCGAGCGAGCCAUCAUGGCCGAGGCCCAGGGCGACGGCACUACCCCCGAUAUGGGUCUUGGUGACAUGUUCUCCAACCCCGCCAAUCUUGCCAAGCUGGCCUCCGACCCCGAGGUCAAGGAGUACAUGAAGGACCCUGAGUUUGUUAAGAAGCUCGGCGAACUGCAGAAGAACCCCAUGGCUGCUCUCUCAGGCAUGCAGCAGGACCCCCGACUCAUGAAGGCUAUGGCUCUGAUGCUCGGUAUUCCCACCGACAUGCAGGGCAAGGCUUCUGAGGAUAAGGCUGCCCACGACGCCCAGCAGGACGUUGAGAUGAAGGACUCUGAGCCGGCCAAGCCCGCCGAGGCCCCCAAGGCUGCCCCCAAGACCGAAUCUAAGCCCGCCGCCGAGCCUGUGUCCGACGAGAAGAAGCAGGCCGAUGAGGAGAAGGCUCUCGGAAACACCGCUUACAAGGCCCACAAGUUCGACGAGGCCAUUGCUCACUACAACAAGGCUUACUCCAUCCACGAGGAUAUCACCUACCUCAACAACCGAGCCGCCGCCGAGUUUGAGAAGGGUGACUACGAGACAUGCAUUAAGACCUGCGAGGAGGCCAUCACCAAGGGCCGGGAGGUGUUUGCCGACUACAAAGUGCUGGCCAAGUCGUUUUCGCGAUGCGCCACCGCCUAUGUCAAGCUCGAUAACUUGCCCAAGGCUAUUGAGCUGUACAACCGGGCUCUCACCGAGCACCGAACCCCCGAUACUCUUUCCAAGCUGCGAGCCGCUGAGAAGGAUCUUAAGAACAAGGAGACCCAAGCCUACAUUGAUCCUGCCAAGGCCGAGGAGGCCCGAGAGGAAGGUAAGGAGAAGUUUGCUGCCGGCGACUGGCCCGGCGCUGUUAAGGCUUACACCGAGAUGAUCAAGCGAGCUCCGGAGAACCCCAUUGGUUAUUCCAACCGAGCUGCUGCCCUUGCCAAGCUCAUGUCUUUCCCCGAGGCUGUGGUUGACUGUGAUGCUGCCAUUUCCAAGGACCCCUCAUUCAUCCGAGCCUACAUCCGAAAGGCUAACGCCUACUUUGCCAUGCGAGAGUACUCCAAGUGUGUGGACACCUGCACUGCAGCCCUUGAGCACGACAAGGAGGGCAAGUCCAAGGCCGAGAUUGAGGCUCUGCAGUACAAGGCCAUGUCUGCUCGAUUCCAGGCCCAGGAGGGCGAGACUCCCGAGGAGACCAUGGAGCGAGCUUCCAAGGAUCCCGAAAUCGUGCAGAUUCUGCAGGACCCCAUCAUGUCGUCUAUUCUCAACCAGGCUCGGGAGAACCCCGCCGCUCUGCAGGACCACAUGAAGAAUCCCGAGGUUGCCCGGAAGGUCCAGUUGCUGGUUGCCGCCGGUAUUAUUAGAACUCGAUAA